AUGGAGGAAGAAUUCGAGGGCCAUUAUAUCCAUGAUGUGCUGUCUGGGGUCAGUGCGGAGAUGAAGAAAUCCGCGCCUGAAUUCAAUUUCUAUCGCGAUUUGCACGAGAAUCAAGAUCGACUGACUGAAUUCAUGAGGCAAAAUGCAACUGCCCAAAGAAAGGCAUGGCAUCUCGAUAAAUGGAAAUUUCUCCCCGCUGUGGAAAAAGCUCUGCAGGCUAAGCCGGAUGCAAAGUGGUUUAUGUUUAUGGAGGCAGACACUUUUUUGGUUUGGUCUAAUCUCCUCAAAUGGUUGGCAAAACUAGACUGGAGGCGACCUUAUUUCUUAGGACAACCAGUGACCAUGGAGGGCCAACUUUUUGCCUACGGAGGGGCAGGAUGGCUGCUAUCACGACCAGCUAUACAGCAAAUGGCAGAUCACAUGGCUUCCCGGAAUAGCGAAUAUGAAUAUUUCACAAAUGGAACCUCAUUCGGGGACCUUAUUCUUGGUUAUGUACUAGAACAGGCCGGCGUUGGACUCACUGGGGCGUGGCCUCUUAUCCAACGAGAAACACCGAGCACGAUGGAAUACACCAGAGAUGUAUGGUGUCAUCCUGCUGUCACUUUCCACCACAUCGAUGCUCUUGAGAUAAAGUCAAUCUGGGAUCUUGAGCAGAGAUGGAUAGCAAAUAUGCAAGGGCCCCUACUCCACUUUGACAUCUUCAACCACCUUAUAUACCCUCUCCUCGCCACAAAAAUUGUUGACUGGGAUAACUUCUCUGAUGGCGAGGAGAAAUUUCUUACUCCUAACGAAGGAUUUGCGGAUUGCAAGCUACACUGUGAGGAAGAUAUGCAUUGCAUGCAGUUUCGCUUCACACCAAAGAAAUGUACCUUGUCCCAUUCAAUUACUCUUGGAUGGAAGGCAGAUCGUUCGAUGGACAGCAUGUCCGGUUGGAUGAUGGAAAGGAUCACCCAGGCAAUAGCAAGCGUUCGAUGUGAGGGGUCAAAGUGGAUAUAA